GCGGACUAGUCCUCCGACUAGUCCUCGGCAGUGGUUUCCGCAAGGAUGUGGCUCCAGGAAACGCCAGAGCUGACAAGCAGGAUCGGGAACGCUUGUCUCUCCUUCUUCCCAACAGCUGCUGUUGGGCCUCUCCGCAUGACGACGCAGCACACUCGGGUGGGAUUUCGCAGAACGUCACAUGUCAUAUUCGGGACGGCAAUGACCCUUACUGAAAACGACUUACGGCCGUCAAGACUGCUGGGCUGGGUCAUCCGUCGCGGAGCACUAUAAACGCCUACCAAACGCUUCCACCCGCAAAAGGUAUGGAUACCGCCACAUCACUAGAGCCGGUCUCGCUCUUCCCGGCGUUGGGAUGGCUCUGCCGCCUUCGUGGUUGGCCAAGUCCAUGCACCAUCACAACCCAUGUUGGCGCAGCGCAUCACAUCCAGCAGGAUACUCGGUUGCUCAAUGCAGUUGCUUACUCUUCUGAUAUCUGUCACAGCUGCAGAAGCCUGGAAGUCUCUUCAGUACUUCAAGUCGAAACAAAGACUGUUUCUCGAGGCGAAAUCGACACGCCUGGAUGUACGACCGCCGCCGUCGUACCCAAAUGCCAUCUCGUUCGACCCACAAGAGUCAUCUACACUACCAGCUAUACGCGGACUGACAGUAUGCGCGCUUCCACAUACAGCUGCUGGCGGGGUAAAGGAAGCCGGCGCUGUCCAGUCGGUUACGACCUGCAGCCCAUGCAUCACCACUCUGCCGCCAUGACAGUCGGAACCUUGAUCAGGCUUAUCAGAAGCUCGCCUGUGCCUACACUCUCAUAAAGCAAAACGUUUUUUAAAGUCGUCGGCUGACAGAGGUGCUCGGAUGCCUUCCCCUUUCAGCGCCCUCGAGCAGAGCCGCAUCGUGAUCAGGGAAGAUAAAGG